AAGUGGUUGAUAUUUGCUUUUUUUUGCCUUUGCUGCAUCCAAAAGAAAGUUGGUUUUCAAAAUUUUAACGUUUCUUAAAUUUUUUUUCCACUCAUCUCUCGAUCAAGAAAAUUUUACCAAAAAUUUUAGAUUCAAUUUACAAAUAAUUAUUUAAAAUGACAGCUGCUGCUCCAGAAGUGAAAAAACUAUACAUUUCCUACAACAAUAUCCACAAGUUGUGUCAGGAAACUGCCGAGAAACUCAAAGCAGAAUCCAAUAAACCUGAUAUUAUCAUAGCUAUUGGUGGUGGUGGCUUCAUUCCUGCCAGAAUCCUCAGAUCUUUCAUCAGAGAGCAGGGAGAAAAGAACAUCCCCAUUCAGGCCAUUGGUUUGUCGCUAUAUGAGUCCAUGGGAAACAACUCGACCAUCGACACCAUUGGAAAAGAGGUUGUGAGAACCCAGUGGUUGGAUUUUGGUGCUAUCGACAAACACUUUGAUACUUUGAUUGGCAAGAAAAUCUUGAUUGUCGACGAGGUCGAUGACACCAGAACUACGUUGUAUUACGCCUUAACUGAGUUGAAGAAAGAUGUCAGGAACCAGGCUAUAAAGUUGGGAAGAUCAGAUGAAAAAACAAUCUUCUCAGUGUUUGUUUUACACAAUAAAGACAAGCCCAAAAAGGAAGACUUGCCCAAGGAGUUGAUGGAUUCUGGUAGAUAUUUGGCUGCUAGAACUGUUCCUGAUAUUUGGAUUGCUUAUCCUUGGGAUGCCUCUGAUAUUGAUUAUCACACUGAAAUGGCAAAAACCCAGGGCAACAUUUAAUAAAAUAUUGUUACCUUUAUACUUAGAUGCAUCUACAUUUUUUUUUCUACCAUAAGGCCUAUUAACAUUCUUUUGUUCUUCUUUGUUUUGUUCUUCUUUGUUCUUUAUUUCUGCUUUAUAAAUAUCAAAUAGAUUGUUUUUAUCU